CAUUCAGCUACGCUGGCAUGGUCUAAGGGAGGAAAAGGUUGCUGCAUCAAACAUAUUACGUGAUGUCAAAAGGCUAGAGGAAGAGUUGGAAAGGUUGGCUGAGGAAAAAAAAAAUCAAGCUGAGCUCGGUGAGAAGUGAAAUGCAGAGAGUGGAAGCGCUUGGAGUGGAAAGCAGAGGAAGGGAUUCGCAAGCUCAAUCGUUCGAUCAAACUGCAAAAGCCAAUCGUUCGACCAAG